AUGGAUUCAAAUUCUAAUAAUAAAGACGACACACUGAAAAAGGAUGACGUAAAGGAGCGUUUUAUAGAGGAAGUGGGGAAAUUCGAUUACAUUCGUUUAAGUUUCCCAGAUCUUAAUGGGAUACACCUCAGCAAGCUAUUAUCUACGCGAUUUGCGAGGAAGAUUGCAAAAGGAGAGAGUGAAGUCUACUCAGGAGCAAUAACAGGCGGUCCUCGAGGUGAAGUAUUCGACGUGCCAGAGAUAAUAAAGAGGAAACACGUAAACAGUAAACUUAAACCUGAUUUUUCGACUUUACAUCCAUGCUACUGGAUUUCAAAUGGAAAAGCUCAACAUUCUCAUAAUAAUAACACUGAUAAUGAUGAUAAUCCUAGAACUAGAAAAUAUUCCAUUUGUGCUGUUUUGUGUGAUUUGGCCUGGCCAAAUAAUGAACCAAUGAAAACUCACCCAAGAGUUGCAGUAAAAAAGCUUAUUGAUGAACUCCAAAAUAAAUACAAUUUACGUUUGUUUUCUGCUUUUGAACCUGAAUUUAGAGCUUUUCAAAAGGGCACAUUUGAAACAACAUGCCUAAAGCCUACAAAAACAGGUGAAACUAAUAUGCGUUCAUUUAAAAUUCCCGUCCCGUAUACUAAGUUUGGUGAUAUAUACAGGACAAGCCUACUAUCAGUCUAUGAAGACUUUUUCAUUGAUAUUGAUCACAACAUGAAACUUGCUAACAUUGACAUUCAAGAUUAUAGUAAUGAGGACGGAGAAGGACAGUUAGAAUCUCCACUGGUACCAUCUUGGGGACUAUCCGCCGCAGAUAAUUAUUUUAUACUGAAGCAAGCUAUUAAAGAAAUAGGUGAAAAACACAAUAUAGAGAUUUCAUUUAUGACUAAGCCCUUGUUGAACGCUAGUUCCAGUGGAUGUCAUUACAAUCAUUCGCUAUGGUAUGCCGAUACUGGUCGGAAUGCAUUUUAUGAUAAUGCAGAUCCUGAUGGUUUAUCUGUGACUGCCCGCCACUGGAUCGGCGGCCUUAUAGAACACCUGCCGGCAAUGUUAGCUAUUUGUUCACCAACCAUUAACUGCUAUAGAAGACUAAAUAAGUUUUUUGCACCGGGUGCUGUAAACUGGGACUUCCGUGACAGGUUUGUGGCAAUUCGCGUUAAAAACUUUGAUGAAAAGAACACUUAUAUUGAAAACCGUAUUCCAUCAUCUGCUUCUUGUCCCUAUCAUGUUCUUGCCGCUACAUUAGCGGCUGGUAUGGAUGGCUUAGACCGUCAGCUUGAGCCGCCACCUCCUGGCCAGAAACCAUCAGAAAGUAAAAAUGGGAACCACGUGAAAUUGCUGCCAAGUAGCUUUCAGGAAGCCCUACAAAAUUUGAAGGAAGAUAAGAUAUUUACAAAGAAGCUGGGGAAAGACUUUUUUGAAUGGUAUACUCUCGUGAAAGAACUCGGUGAUUUGGGUUCGUUGGGUCAUUUGGAUAUAAAGGAUAAUCAAGAGGAAACUUUGGCCUUCGAAAGAUAUGAAUAUCUUAAGUUUACGUAAUAAGGAAUAUCUUUAUGUAAAAAUAUUACUAUUACGAACAAUCAAAUCUGUGAAAUUAAUUAAACUAACAAACAUCCAAGUGAUAUCAUAAGAUUCGUAAUUGUGUUUUAUAGUUAAGUAAAACUUUUGUAUACACUGAACAGCGUAUGAUGUAUAUUUCAUUUAAGAUAUUAAAAGUAACUUGUUAACUAUUCAUCC